GAUGAGCACUCACAUCCUCUGUUUUCACCUUAUUCCUAUAUUAUUAUUAAUAUAAUUAAUAAUUAAUUAACUAUAUAGACCUCUUUGUUAGAUCUCUGUUUAUUGUUUCUAACCCAUUUCCCAAUUUUGAUUUGUGUCUUGAAAAUGACACAUUGGAUUGUUAUUUGAUUGAUGGUAAGAGGAUCCAUGUUUUUGGAUUGAAUUCAACACUUUCUCACUUUGCUGUCUCUGAUCAGUAUUCCCACCUUGUAGUCUGCCUGAUUUGCUACAUAAGAAUGAUGGAGUCAGAUCUCGGUAAGCUAUUUAUAGGUGGGAUUUCUUGGGAUACGGAUGAGGAUCGUCUUAAAGAAUAUUUCGGGUCAUAUGGAGAAGUGGUGGAAGCUGUGAUCAUGAGAGAUCGUAAUACUGGCCGUGCUCGUGGUUUUGGUUUUGUAGUCUUUUCUGAUCCUGCUGUUGCUGAAAGAGUGGUUAAGGAGAAGCACAUGAUCGACGGGCGAACGGUUGAGGCAAAGAAGGCUGUUCCUAGGGAUGAUCAACAAAUAAUAAUAAAUAGAAACAAUAGCAGCAUUCAAGGAUCUCCAGGUCCUGGACGCACAAAAAAGAUAUUUGUAGGAGGCUUAGCAUCUACGGUCACGGAGAGUGAUUUUAAGACAUAUUUUGAUCAGUUUGGUACAAUUACAGACGUCGUAGUGAUGUAUGACCAUAAUACUCAGAGGCCAAGAGGGUUUGGAUUUAUAACUUAUGAUUCAGAGGAUGCAGUUGAUAGGACAUUGUACAAGAAUUUUCAUGAACUAAAUGGUAAAAUGGUGGAAGUAAAGCGCGCUGUUCCAAAGGAGCUAUCUCCGGGCCCCAGCCGCAGCCCUCUCCCCAUGGGAUUCAACUAUGGACUCAAUAGAGCCAACAACUUCCUCAACAACUAUGCUACUCACGGGUAUAAUCUAACUUCAGUCGGAGGAUACGGGGUCAGAAUGGAUGGCAGGUAUAGUCCUGUUGCCGGUGGUCGUACUGGUUUCUCUCAGUUCGCUUCUCCUGGUUAUGGAAUGGGUGUCAAUUUGGAUCCCUCUUUGAGCCCCACCUUUGCAGGAGCUUCCAACUUUAGCAAUAAUCUUGGGUAUGGGCGAAUAUUAAACCCGUAUUUCACUGGAAAUUCAAGCAGAUACACUACUCCUAUUGGAUAUAGCACAAGCAGCAAUAGAGGGGAGUCUUUUCUAAGCUCCCCAACGAGGAAUUUAUGGGGAAAUAUUGGCCUUAACUCUUCAGCAAAUUCUGGUGGCCCGGGUUCAUAUGUGGGCUCCGCAAGUGGUAAUUACGCUGUCUUUGGGAAUAACAGUGGUAACUGGGGCGCUUCUCUCAUUUCUGCUCCGGGUGGUAAUUCUUCCGGAUACGGUGGUGGGAAUUUCAGGAGUGGGGAAAAUAAUUACGGCCUGGGGUCGGGCGGACUUGGAAGAAAUAAUGCAGCAGGUGCUGCUACUACUUCAUCGUUUACAGCACCAACUGGCGCUUAUGAGGGGUCUUACGGAGAUCAAUUCCGCGGCGGUUCAGUGUACGGUGAUCGAGCUUGGCAAGCUGUGUCUUCUCAUGCAGAUGGUUCUGGUUCAUUUGAAUAUGGUCUUGGAAAUCCAGCAGAUGUUUCUGCUAAAGAUUCUGAGGAUUAUAUUGGAAAUUACAGUAUUGCAAAUAGACAAUCGAAUAGAGGAAUCGCAGCAUAGGAGAUCUCGUUAUUUGGAUAUCUGAAGAUAGAUAGGAGAACAGACUUAAGAGAAACAAGUGGACGUCAAUGUUUAUAGUAUCCCUCAUAAUAUAUAUUUCGGAUACAAGAAAACUUAUCUAUAGAGCUAGCAAGGCGCUUGUGACAGUUUGAAGUUUCAAUAUACUAAAAGCAAUAUAGGAUCCAUUUUCAGCACUUGAUCGAGAUGUAUAUCAGAUGGCGAGCUAUACAUUAUACCAUCUAUUGUAGUCGAUGUGUUUGUGCACCCACGACAAGACCAGUACCUCUGGUACUAUGUUGAGAGUUAGAGUUGUCAUUUUUUAUAUUCUUUUUUCUCUGUGUAACUUUUUGUUUACUGUAAUGAACUGGCAAAGUUGCCGGCGUUUGUUUUAUAGUUCCCUUCUUUUUUCUUUCUGGGAUUUGCAUUUCUUUCAGAUUGUAUGUGAGAUCAUGUUUGAUUUACUAGUGUGAAACAUUUGGGGAUACUAACCUAGUAUCCCUAUCAAUAAGUACUGAAUAUUUUGAUUCAUUUGACACUGCACAUUUUGUAAACAAUAUAGUUGAAACUUUAUGUUUGUGUAUGGAACUAUGUUGCAUAUUA